UCUGAUCAGAAUUCGUCAGUCUCACACAACGACAACAGGCGUGCGGCAAAAGACGCACCUUUCUGGUGACUAUCACCCAGGACCCACAAGCGCUACGAUAGUGUAAACAGGCAUCAUCAGCGAAACUUCACCACCAUGAGGUCUAUGUGCUUACUGGUGCUUCUCUAUGUAUACCUGAUGAAGGUGGAAAGCACCGAGGCCAAAUGGCAUGAUGACAGCCAAGUACGUCAAGUAAAUGACGAACCGGUAGCGACAAACGGAAACAGCACUGUUGAAAAUGGAAACAGCACUGCACAGGAUAACAUUACCUUGAAUGAGAGAUAUGGUCAAGGUUGUAGAGCUCUGGAAUCAUGCGAGCACAAAAGAGGAGUCUGCAGGACGCACUGUGAGGGACCUCACGAGGAAGCAAUAGCCCAUGGCUGCUCUGGAAACGGGUGCUGGUGUUGCAUAAAGAAGCAUAAAAACUGCCGACGUAGGGAUGAAUGUCGGGAUGCUCGAGGAAAAUGUCAGUCGAAGGAGUGUGGUCCCAACCACAGGGUGAUUCACAGAGGAUGUAAUGGUAAAAGCUGUUGGUGCUGCGCCCCCCGUCAUCAUGACAAUGAUCAUGUUGGUCAUGGCAACCAUGGUCAUGGUGGCCAAGGUGGUCAUGAGAAGCCAUGGGGUCACAACCGAGAGACAGAGAAAGAACCAGCCAGCGAAACAAAUGUUGAAAUACCAGCUGAUGUAAUAGUACGUGGACACAAUGAAGAACAGCAAGAAAACCCUCAAGAAGAGCAUGUAGUAGAGAAAGAGGAAGCAGAAGAGGAAGAGGGAGAAGAAGAGGAAGAAGGAAACGAAGAAGAGCAACAGGAAGGAGAAGAGCAAUAGGAGGGAGAAGAUGAAAAGCAACAGGAAAGAGAAGAAGAGGAACAGGAACGAGAAAUAGAGCAAUAGGAAAGAGAGGAAGAACAACAAUAGGAGCAUUUGCAUAUGCACUCAACACGUAAACACACACACACACAAUAACAAUAGGAGCAUUUGCAUAUGCGCGUCAACACGUAUACACACACACACACACACACACACACACACACACACACACCAAUAAACGCUCAGGAAAGAAACCUAAUUGUAGUUAACUGCGUACAGAUACUCCCGAAUUAAGAUUACUAAUACAUGUACUACUACACUGCUACUCAUGAUAGGAAGCACUUGCCAUAUUUCCAUCACUACUGCCGCAGCAGCCAUCAAAACACUAACUGUAACUAUCAUGACCCUCAUGCUAUAGAAGGUGACUACUCACUUAGGUGACACAUUCUAGUUGACGAUAAUAUAACACUAAUUACCUAAUUAACAUAUAAGAUACAAUAAAGGUCUCUAGAUGCAAGCUUUCCUUUAAGGCUUAAGAUUAAAGAACAAAAUGGCACAAUACCGCGACUGGAACAAUACACAAAUAACCUUCAUAUAGAAGAGAGAAGCUUACGACGACGUUUCGGUCAGUCUUUAACCAUUAACAAACAUGUUACUCUCUUACGAAUAUUUAUAUUUCAACGUAAUAUGGUAAUGACUAGGAUUAAAAUGAUCUACUACAAGCUGUAGAACAGUAAAAGGUAAUUGCUUUAAAUUACCUUUUACCUUUUGAGAGUAGAAAGUAAAAUGAUUUCGACUUAGGACAGCUUUAUUAAUAUUCUUAAGUGUACGCACUUGUAGCCUUUUAUCUAUAUAACUCUCACCAACAUUUAAAAAAUAACGUCUUUCUGAAUUAAAUAAAAAGUUAUAUCUAGCAGUCUUGUCACCGUCACCUCACUCGUCGUUGUUUCCGACUGCCACAGAGCGUUUACCAGUGAUCCAAAAUUCUUACUCCCACACAUGGUUGUGUUCAAUUUGCAUCAGACACGAAAUCUGUGAUGUUCCGGUUGAUCAGCUCACAGGCUCAACUGCCUGUUUAGUUGUUUACGCCGUGCCAGUCUUCCACAAGAAGGCUCCUUUCUUUGGGUUAUUUCUCAGUACCUUCUCAGCCAUUUCGAGACAAAUGGCAACAGGGUUGAUCUAAAUCAGUAACUAACAAUCAAUUUGCCAUCAAACAUUGUAAUUGUUUUCCUGGUCACCUUCCAUCACUGCCUGGUAUGGAAAAACAACCUACACAUAGUCGACACUACUCUCACGCAGA